GACUUCCUUAUCAGCAGCCGAGUGGGACACGCCCACCUAGGUUGAGGGGGAGAUGUUUUUGCAACAUGUCACAAAGAGACUCCAAGAUGUCCUUGAGCAUGAAAGAGCGAGCCAUCGGGGCCAUUAUCGGGGCAGCGGUGGCAGAUGCAGCAGCUCAACCCAUGCAUUGGAUUUAUAAUCCAGAACGCCUCAAAGAAGUGCUGGCCGGUCUGGAGCCCACGCCGGAGUUUCGUGCCGACUCUGCAAAUCCUUUCUACCGCAGGAAGACCGGCGAGCAGACCUGCUACGGCGACCAGGCCUACAUCCUGUUGGAAUCGCUGAGUCAGCGUGGAGAUGUCGACGUGGAGGAUCUGACUCGACGGAUCUACAAGUUCUUUGGCCCGGGGACUGCCUACGACCUGCCGCUCAACGAUCCUUACCGCAAGAAAGGAGGUCCCAAAGCCAUCCUUCCCAUCGAUGGUCCUUGGAGGAAUGGGAGCCUGAAAGCUUUCUUUAGAAAUGUGGAUGCUGGAAAAGAAGAAACUGGGUGUGACGUGGACUGCCAAAUGGACGGCGUCACCAAGCUCGCUCCAGCGGUGGCGCUCUUCGCAGGCCGCCCUGACAUGCUGGAGAAAGUGGAGCGGGCGAUCAGGGUGACCCAAAACAACGACAUGUGCGUGGCCGUGACGCUGGCUGCUGCCAGGUUCUUGGAGCAUUUUAUUCUGAAUGGUCCAAGUUCCGAAGCCAUGGAUGCUGUCCUGGCACAACUGAAACAUCCACAAAGGCAGAACCCUCAAGAUCUGGACAACGCCGUCAUUGCACAACUCCACCAGGUGAGAGACAACGUGACCAAGACAUCUCAGCAGCUCAUACCCGACGUCUUCACCAACACUUGAGCCUUGCCUGGUGCGUUCCAAGGAGCGCUGCAUGGCGUCCUGACCUUGAAGAGCUUGGAUGAAGCUGUCAGGGACACCAUGCGCCGCGGGGGAUGCACCGCCAGCCGAGCCUCGUUCAUCGGAGCCUGCUUCGGGGCACAGACCGGCCUCCAAGGAAUCCCGGAGUCUUGGAAGGAAAGGACUCUCCGAUAUCCUCAGCUUCUGGAGCUGGUUGAGGAUCUGUUCCCAAAAACCGCCUAACUUGCAUGUCGUCUUUGUGUCGACAACGCUGUAGGUGAAAGCGUCCCCCUCCUGUUGCAGAUGUACUUUAAAAAUAUCAAUUCAUGACGGUCUCGUUUAAAAGUCCUAAACAGAACGAGACUCGAAUAUUUUUUUGUGGCGUUAAAGUUGUUAUGUAACAAGUCGGGAGUUGCCAAUAAAAGAUAACAUUA